CACGCUGAUCACGGCAUCACACAUCCAGCACAAGUCAGUCCACAUCCACCAGCUCCACAGCACCGACAAAGACCAAGAUGGCCCCGAUCUCGAUCAGAACCGUGCUAAUCAGUGAAAGUGUUGACCCUCGCUGCAGAGCCAUUCUGGAGGAAAAUGGCAUCCGAGUCACGGAAAAGCAGAACAUGAAGAAGGAUGAAUUGAUCGCAGAGUUAAAGGACUAUGACGGUCUUGUGGUCAGAUCUGCCACCAAGGUAACAGCCGAUGUCAUCAAUGCUGCUGAUAAUCUCAAAAUCAUUGGGCGAGCCGGAACUGGUGUGGACAACGUGGAUGUGGAUGCUGCCACCAAAAAGGGUAUUAUUGUGAUGAACACACCGAGUGGUAACACGCUCAGCGCUGCGGAGCUCACGUGUGCCCUGCUGAUGAGCCUGUCGAGAAAUGUGCCUCAAGCCGUGAUGUCAAUGAAACAAGGAAACUGGGAUCGCAAAAAGUUCAUGGGUUCGGAGCUGUAUGGCAAAGUGCUGGGAAUAGUUGGACUUGGAAGAAUAGGAAAAGAAGUCGCCUCAAGAAUGCAGUCAUUUGGUAUGAAGACGAUUGGCUAUGAUCCAAUCACUCCAGUUGAAGUGUCAGCCAGCUGGGGGGUGGAGCAGAUGUCUCUGGAUCAACUUUGGCCCCAGUGCGAUUACAUCACUGUCCACACUCCACUCAUGCCCUCCACUGUCGGUCUUCUCAAUGAUGAGACAUUUGCAAAAUGCAAGAAAGGAGUGAAGGUUGUGAACUGCGCACGAGGCGGCAUCAUCGAUGAGGCCGCUCUGCUCAGAGCUGUGGAGUCUGGACAGUGUGGAGGAGCAGGCCUUGACGUCUUUGUUGAGGAGCCCCCUAAGGACCGCAACCUGGUGGACCAUCCCAAUGUCAUCAGCUGUCCUCACCUGGGAGCCAGUACUAAAGAGGCCCAGGCUCGCUGUGGGCAGGACAUUGCCCUGCAGAUAGUAGACAUGGUGAAGGGCAAGAGCCUGGUUGGAGCAGUAAAUGCAAAUGUUUUGGCCAGCACAUUCUCCCAGGAAUCUCACCAACUGAUUAAACUUGGAGAGGCUAUCGGAGCUGUGCUGCAGUCUUGCACUGCUUCUCAGACGCCACUCAGCCAGGUUCAUGUUAUCAAUCAAGGUGAUUGCAUGAAGUCCUCCACUGGCUACAUGACGUCAGCAGUACUGGUUGGACUGCUGAAUCAUGGAUCUGGCUGCUCCUCGAACCUCAUCAAUGUCCUGAGCCUCGCCAAAGAGUCUGGAAUCAUGGUGAAUCAGACCCACUGUGCCUCUGAUGGUGCUGCUGCUGAGAAUGUGUGCAAGGUGGAGAUUGUGGCUAACGGCUGCAGCUAUAAAGCCAACGGUUCAGUCCAAUGUGGUGUUCCCAUCCUGCUGGAGCUGAGUGGCAGCGUGUUCAGACAGCCGGUUGCUCUCACUGGGAAUCUGCUGUUCUUCAAAGCUUCUGCAAGUCCUCAGCUCCUGUCCUCGGUGGCUGGACUCCUGGCCACAGCGGGAGUGGAGAUUGAGUCUUUCAGUGGUCCCUCAGACCGCACUGGUGAUCUGUGGUAUUGUGUUGGGGUGUCCUCUCCCCUGCCAGACCUUGGUGCAUUGAAGUCUUUGGUGAAGGAGGCUGCACAGCUUACACUUUAAAUGUCAGCAACAGACUUUGCACAGUGCCGAGUGUCUGGAAAUCCUAACAUGGUCAAAAGUAUCUAAUAUAAUUGAUCUGUCUUGGUCUACAUGUUUACAGAUAACAAUUUGUUUAGAGGUUUUUGAUAACAUUCCAAUACUAACACGGUUUACAAUUUCAGAGCCGAGAUGUAAAAUAAAAUACUUGAAAAAGA